AUGGCGCGGAGUUCCGAGUCCGACACACGCAGUCAGCCGCUUUCAAAGUCGGAGCUUCUUGCAGCUUGCCGCGGCUUCCAAACCGGACGGCGUUUGCAAAACCGAGGCUACGUUCAGGGCAAACAAUUGUCAUGCGGGGCAACUGGCGAAGUUUUUCUUGGCCGUGUUGCAGCAGCGGCUUGUGCAGAGUUUGGAGCUUUGCCCAACAGCAGCUCACCAGCGUCGCAGGUUGCGCUGAAACAUAUGCGUGCCAUCAAUGCGGGCGUGCAGCGUCAGAUACAACAGGAGAUCUCCAUGGUUUUCCAGUGCCGGGCAAAGUAUGCUGAGGAGGUGGGGGAUCCAGUCUCUCCCGGGCAUCCGUACUUCGUUGCCUACUUGGACUGGUUUGCAGGACCCACGGGCCUGGACAGGGAGGUUUAUCUGGUCAUGGAAUUAUGCUCUUUCAGCCUCGCUGACAUGAUCUUUGCAGCAGGUAAUCUGCGCACUGACUUUGAAAAGUCCUUGGCUGCGCAGCGGCGUGCGUACGGUCACGUCUCUGCUGGGACUUCGGAUGGCAGCCUCGUUGUGAAGAUCCUUUCCGACCCUGGCCGCUUCCGCUUCCCUGAGCGGGAGGUGCUCCAGGUGCUGCGCAACAUCCUGUCCGCCCUCUGCUUCCUACAUCGUCAUGGCAUUGCACACAGGGAUGUCAAAUGCGAGAACAUCUUGUGGGCUCAAGGUUGCUACAAACUCGCAGAUUUUGGCACGGCAGUGCUGCUGGAGGACGCUGCGAAGCGGAGAGAUGAGACGGGCACUCUCUGGAUCAUGGCCCCCGAGCUGCUGGGCCGGCGUCCUUACGGACUCAACUGCGAUGUCUGGUCGCUGGGGGUCGUCCUUUUCGAGGUUGCUGCACUUGGAAAGCCCUUCAACUCCAAGGAGCUGCUGGCAUAUCGAAACUCGCCGGAGGCCUUGGCUGCAAACAGCUUUUGGACUUUCCUCCUGGGCACGGCAACUGGUGGAACGCCAACAUCUUCACCUUCACGUAGUUGCAAGGUGAUACCUUCGCUGCCAACCCACAAGUCGUCCAGAGAUGUGACGAGGACCAACUCCAAUAAUUCUCGCGUACCGCCACGAAAGGACAAGCGCAGCGUGACCUUGCCUCCCCUGCACAGGGAGGCGUUCCAAGCAGAGGAGUGCUCUUCUGCGGACGCUCUGCACGAGCGCCGGCGGGCGUUUUUGAAGAAACGUUGCAGCUUCCGCUGGAUUUACAGCGAGGAGCUGAAGAACCUCGUAUUCGAGGAGCUCUUGUGCGAGGAUACGGAGAGCCGUCCUUCCACGGCCGCGAUCGAGGAGCGUGCUGCUCUGCAAAGCAUGGCGGACAAGGCAGAGGAGGCGGAGGUCCCAGCUGUGCCACCUGGUGCAGAAAGCCCCGAAGAGCUGCUGAGGUGCAUGUGCGCAGAGAACAUGCUCCAGGCUUUGGCAUCGCGCAAAGGACGGCAAACGGCGGAGAACCAGCAGUCCUCAGAGUCUCAGCGUGCAGUUUCAAGUGCAGUGACCCGCUGCGACGUGUAG